CUGACUAUCCCCCAGAAUUCCAGCUCUGUCUCACUAUGGAGGCUUCAACCUGUAACGGAUCAGUAGAUACUUCACCUGUCUUCUACCUGAUGGGGAUCCCCUCCCUGCCUGAGUCUUUCUUCCUUCUUGUGUUUUUUAUUUUCCUCCUCUUCUAUCUUCUCAUCCUUAUGGGUAAUGCCCUGAUCCUGGUGGCAGUGGUGGCAGAACCCAGCCUCCACAAGCCCAUGUACUUCUUUCUGAUCAAUCUCUCAGCCCUGGAUAUACUUUUUACCACAACGACUGUCCCCAAGAUGCUGUCCCUAUUCCUGCUGGGAGACCACUUCCUCAGCUUCCCAGCUUGCUUACUGCAGAUGUACCUCUUUCAAAGCUUUACCUGCUCAGAAGCCUUCAUCCUUGUGGUCAUGGCCUAUGACCGCUAUGUGGCCAUCUGCUGCCCACUGCACUACCCCAUUCACAUGACCCCACUGACCAACACCACACUGGCAGCCAGUGCCUGGCUCACUGCUCUCCUACUGCCCAUCCCAGCAGUGGUACAGACCUCCCAGAUGGCAUACAACAACAUUGCCUACAUCUACCACUGCUUCUGUGAUCACUUUGCUCUGGUCCAGGCUUCCUGCUCUGACACAACCUCGCAGACUCUCAUGGGCUUCUGCAUCGCCAUGGUGGUGUCCUUCUUCCCUCUGCUCCUGGUGCUUCUCUCCUAUGCCCACAUCCUGGCUUCCGUGCUUUGCAUCAAUUCCCAAGAAGGACGUUCCAAAGCCUUUUCCACCUGCAGCUCGCACCUCCUGGUGGUGGGCACCUACUAUUCAUCCAUUGCUGUAGCCUACAUGGCCUACAGGGCUGACCUGCCCCUCGACUUCCACAUCAUGGGCAAUGUCGCCUAUUCUAUUCUCACACCAAUCCUCAACCCCCUCAUUUACACCCUGAGAAACAAGGAUGUCAAGGCAGCCAUUACCAAAAUCGCAUAUCUCAAAACCCAGACAAUGACAUAAGUGUUUGACUUUUAAAUGUAGCCAAUUUUGCUCCCAGGA